AUGGUCUGCCAGACAUGUGUUAUCUGCCGUCACUUAAGCAAUCCACUUCACCAUAUAGAUAUGUGGAAUGGCAAAUUCUUUGAGAGUGUAACAUUAAAAACUCUCGGAUUGCGUGUGCAGCUGGGCCAUAUGCCUGGUGAGUGCUGCUACAAUGCUCAGCCAGUGUCUUGCAAUGAAUUUACAGUAAUUGAUGCGCAUGGCAUCCAUAAUGUCACAGUAGACUUCUGCGGAUGCGAAAUGGCAGAGAUCCGCUACAAGCAGCUUCUACGAGUUUGUAUCCUGGAAUUAUUUCAUUUGCUCUCCUUCAAAUUGAAAGUAUCUGCAUACAAAUUUUACCAUAGUUUAGCAAGGCAGUCAGACAACACAGGAACCUCACCGAUCAAGGUACAGUGA